AUGCCAACCACAUGGAUAAACCGUAUGCGCGGCCGUGGUGUCGAAUUCGUGGAUGGAGGCCUCUGCAGUGUUGGCAGAGGUGGAAGGACAGCUUUCGAAAACGCGGGCGAACGUUUGGGGUGUAUGUCGUUACUGAUCGCGGAAUAUAUGCAAACGCUCGACCUCGAGCUCCGAAGCCCACCGAUUUGGCUUGCAAAGCGGUAUUUUCUGUCUCAUGUGGUAAGAGAGCUUCUGAACAAUACACUGCACCCUGAUAUCUCAAAGGAUGAAGUCGGCACUGCUGUAUGCGUCGUACUUUCUGAAGGGAUCAUGUACAUGCGAGUAUACGCACUCUCAUCAAAAGAGCCUUUGGUCACGUCCUUUAUUCUCGUGAACGUUCUCACCGUAUUUGUCGCUCCGGUUGCCUUAUUAGUGAGGUAUGCCGCGCACGGAGAAUGGGUGCGAUUCAAGUAUCCAGAGCUCGGGGUGGGGUGUGCUGUUAAACGGCCUUCAAAGCACAACAUAGCGGUGAUGGUCAGCUAUGCGGUGUUGCUCUACAGCGGCCUGGUGAUGUCUAUCGCAAACGGAGUAGCCGCUCUGAUUGUUCCUUCGCGGUACCGCUUUCUCAUGGCACCACCUCAAGCCGUUCUACAUAGUACCCUUUCCAUCCGAAUGGUUCUCCACCUCCGCGAUGAGGCUCGUCGGCAGAUGGGGCUCGAUACACUGGACAAGCUCGUGUCAGAGUGCAUUUGCCUUCAUGACCAACCGUACAGUGCCGGGCACCCUGAUUCCAACGGUUCAGCGGAGGUCGAGUCCGUCUGA